GUAGGCCAAUCAUUUUAGGAGAGCAUAGUUCCGUGAAAAGAUUUCUUUUGUAGCGAGAAAAUGUGAACUUGAUAUCGAGAUUUACUUAACCUCUGACCCAAGUUCAAUCCCCAGAUAAUCAACCUAGAGAUUUAACCCCACCCACGUCGGGUCAACAUUACCCUUUGACAUUAUCUCAUGAAUUUCCAGGACAGACAUUGCUUGUGUCAUUCCAUUACUCAUUCAAAACCCCAAGCAAUAAGCUUGUGACCACUCAUCGGCCUCAGCUCUAUUUCAAUAGAAGCUUUCCUCACGCAGUCUGAGAGAGACGACCGAGAUAAUGAAGCCACCCAUCUCUAUAUCUUCUCCCUCUGUUCUGAGAAAAGCACGUCUCUCUCCGUACCUCUUCACAUUAUUAGCCUUCAUCCUCUUCGUCUCAGUCCUUUAUGGCGAAGACUUCAUGUGCAUGUUCAACCAAGAGCUCCAGCUCAGCCCCGUCUCGACCUGGCUUCUGUCCACAACUGAGACGAAGAGUGGUGAGGCCCGUCCGUUGCCGUUCGCCAUUGGGAAAUUGGAGGAAGGUUGCGACAUAUUCAGAGGGAGAUGGGUGAGGGACGAGUCAACUCGACCGCAUUACCAAGAAUCGGAGUGUCCAUACAUUCAGCCUCAGUUGACUUGCCAAGAACAUGGAAGGCCUGAUAAGGGGUAUCAGUUCUGGAGAUGGCAACCUGAUGGCUGUAAUCUUCCCAGCUUUAAUGCCACACUAAUGCUCGAGACACUGAGAGGGAAGAGGAUGAUGUUCGUCGGAGAUUCGCUAAAUCGGGGACAGUUUGUGUCCAUGGUUUGCCUUCUCCAUUCGGUCAUCCCUGAAGGCGCCAAAUCAAUGGAAACGUUCGGUUCUCUCACUGUUUUCACUGCCAAGGAUUACAAUGCAACGAUCGAGUUCUACUGGGCACCGUUUCUUCUGGAGUCGAAUUCGGAUGAUGCGAUAGUUCACAGGAUAUCUGAUCGGAUCGUGAGAAAAGGGUCGAUCAACAAGCAUGGGAAGCAUUGGAAAGGAACCGACAUAAUGGUUUUCAAUACCUACCUAUGGUGGAUGACUGGCUUGGAGAUGAAAGUCUUGAAAGGUUCAUUUGACGAUGAGGUGAGGGAUGUGGUGGAGCUGUCAACAGAGGAUGCUUACAGGAUGGGACUGAAGAGCAUGUUGAGAUGGACUAAGAAUAUGGACCCAAAAAAGACGAGGGUCUUCUUUGUUAGCAUGUCACCUUCACAUCAAAAGAGUAUUGAUUGGGGCGGCGAGCCAGGCGGCAACUGCUACAACCAGACGACGAUCAUCGAAGACCCGAACUACUGGGGCUCAGAUUGCCGAAAGGGCGUGAUGCGGGUGAUUGGAGAAGUGUUCAGCAAGACCAAAGUCCCCAUCGUGCUCCUCAACAUCACUCAGCUCUCGAGCUAUCGCAGAGAUGCGCACACCUCCAUCUACAAGAAGCAGUGGCAUCCGCUCACGGCAGAGCAAGUGGCCAACCCGGCGAGCUAUGCCGACUGCGUGCACUGGUGCUUGCCCGGCCUUCAAGAUACUUGGAACGAGCUUCUGUUCACAAAGCUCUUUUACACAUGAUGAUCAUGGGGAGUGCCUAUAAAUGGGGUUUUGUCAUCAAAUGAAUGCGAUAUUCUUCCCCCCUCCUUUUUCUGGGAAACACUAUGUUCAAAGGAAUGGAAGGGUUAGCAAUUGGCUUUCAUGUAUAAAGUUUUAAAUUUUUUGAAAGUAUUGAAUUUGUUUUUUAAGAUAUGGUAGGAGGUCACGACUCUCGACUCA